ACGCGUUCGGACGAUUCGCGUCACUGUCUGCAGUUGGCCCUAGAACAGAGUGCAGUGCAUUUUCAUAUGGUCAAAGGGUUUCCGAUGCAUUCAGCACAUCAAUAAAUAGUGAUUUGUAUUUCCGAGCGCAAAGAACACAAAAAAAAAAAAUUUUUUUUGGAUUAAAAAAGUUUUGAGAAAUUUUCUGUUUCGAAAUAAACAAAAUCUGUGUUCUCUGCAACGAAAUCGAAUUUUCGUUUCGUGUUUUCGUGUACGUCCGCACAAUGUUUAAUAAACUUGUGGGGCUAAAAGCCCUUUUGCUGUUCUUCACACUCAGUCUGCUGGUGCGAAGCGCACAAAUGUCCGUAGAUGCGGCAGUAACGUCGCCACCCAUAUUGCCUACUGUUGAGAAUGCCAAAGAGCAAUUAAAAGAUCCUUCACAAUCUACCAACCAGAUGCAACAAGUGAUGGCUGGUGUUGAUGAUAAGGAUACCGAUGCGGAAAUGUCAGCCAUGCUGAACGAUGAAGGUGUCAGAACAGAAACCGGGACUGAAAGUAAUAAGGAUACAGACACAAAGACAGGGACUAUGAUGGACCAGAAGAUGGAGCAUAAGGAGAAGGACUGGUGGAAGCAUAUGACGCUCUAUCAGAUCUAUCCCCGUUCGUUUAUGGACAGCAAUGGGGAUGGCGUGGGCGACUUACAAGGCAUAAUUAUGAAACUGCCCUAUUUGGCUGAGACAGGCAUUGAAGCCAUUUGGUUGAGUCCAAUCUACAAGUCUCCCAUGGUAGAUUUCGGUUAUGACAUAACUGAUUUCAAAGAGAUUCAUACGGAAUACGGUACAAUGAAGGACUUGGAAAUGUUGAUAACGGAAGCGAAACGUUUAGGCAUUAAAAUGAUCAUGGACUUCGUGCCAAAUCAUACCUCGGACCAGAAUAUAUGGUUUGAAAAGUCGGUUAGCAGGGAAGAUGGCUAUGAGGACUUCUACAUGUGGGCCGAUGCUAAAAUGGAUAAGGACGGCAAGAGGAUGCCACCAAAUAAUUGGCAAUCCGUCUUCUACGGCUCCGCAUGGACAUGGAAUGAGAAGCGCGGCCAAUAUUAUCUCCAUCAAUUCACUUCGGCGCAACCCGAUUUGAACUUCCGCAACCCCAAAGUAGUGGAAGCUAUGGAUGAGGUCAUGCGCUUUUGGUUAGAUAAAGGCGUUAAUGGUUUCCGCAUCGAUGCCAUCAACCAUCUCUUUGAAGAUGCCGAGCUGCGCGAUGAGCCGCUCACCGGCAAAACGGACGAUAAACAUUCCUAUGAAUAUACCGAACAUGUAUACACUAAGGAUUUGCCUGAAGUCAUGAGCAUGUUGCAACAUUGGCGUAAAUUAGUUGACGAUUACACCAUGAAACACGGCGGACCAGCACGCAUUAUCAUGACCGAGGCUUACGCGGACCUGAAAACGAUUAUGGACUACUAUGAGACCCACGAUGGCAAGAAGGGUGCACACUUCCCAUUCAACUUUAACCUAAUUACCGAUUUGAAUGAGAAAUCAGAUGCACGUGACUAUGUAUUCGAAGUGCAGAAGUGGUUGAUAUAUAUGCCACGUGGUUACACUCCCAAUUGGGUCAUGGGCAAUCAUGAUAAUGUGCGUAUGGCAACGCGUUUCGGGCCAAAGCGUGUUGAUGCCAUGCAUAUGAUGUUGAUGACGUUGCCUGGCGUGGCCGUCACAUAUAACGGCGAAGAGAUUGGUAUGCAGGAUAAUCGUGAUAUCACUUGGGAAGAUACUGUCGAUCCACCGGCACGCAAUGUUGGACGUGAGAAAUACAAGGAAGUGUCUCGUGAUCCUGCGCGCACUCCAUACCAAUGGAAUACUCAAAAGAAUGCAGGUUUCUCCUCGGCCGAAAAACCAUGGUUGCCUGUGCAUCCCAACUAUAAGCACUUGAAUCUUAAGCAACAGAUGUCACAACCGAGCCACUACUCGGUCUACAAAUCGCUUGUUGAAUUACGUAAAAUGCCUGCGAUGUGCAGAGGUCAAUUCCGUGCUGAGGUCCUGAAUCGCGAUGUGUUUGCUUUCGAACGGGAAGUUAAAGGCGACAAUUCCGUCAUAACUGUGAUCAAUAUUGGGCCACGCGCGCGUGCCGUUAAUCUAACUGAAGUGUUCGGCCUGAAGUACCAACAACAGCUGACAGUGUUGGUUGCGGGCUCCAAGUCCACGCAUAGUACUGGUAAUGCCCUACCCGCUGACGCUUUGCCCCUGGCACCGUAUGAAGGUCUCGUUUGCAUGCUUGAGUGAUGAACGCGGCAAAUUUUUAUAUUGUUUUUGUGUAUUAUUUGUGAUUUUUGCCAUCGAAAUUUUGUGUGUGUGUUUCGAUUUUUAAUAAUUUAACAAUGAGCCAAAUAAAAUUAAAAUGAAAAAUGGAAAAA